AUGCCUCCUACCGUGACCACCAAGAUGGCGGCCAAUGAUUUCUUGAGCUUCGUCAAUGCUUCACCGACUCCGUUCCAUGCUGUUAGAUCUGUCAAGGAGAAGCUGACCAAGGCUGGUUUCACAGAGAUCAAGGAGAAGGAAUCAUGGUCAUCAACUUGCCAGCCUGGUGGCAGGUAUUAUCUGACUCGAAAUGGCUCGACCAUCGUAGCGUUCGCAAUCGGCAAUAAGUGGCGGCCUGGAAAUGCCAUAUCCAUGAUCGGUGCCCACACUGACUCGCCCUGCCUGCGCAUCAAGCCGGUUAGCAAGAAGCAAGGAGACGGCUUCAUCCAGGUGGGAGUGGAGACUUACGGCGGCGGGCUGUGGCAUACGUGGUUCGACCGCGAUCUUGGUAUCGCAGGGCGAGCAAUGGUAAGAGAUGGUAACGGCAGUGUUGUGCAGAAGCUGGUUCGCGUCGAUAGACCCAUCCUCCGCAUACCCACUCUUGCCAUUCACCUUGAUCGCCAAGAGAAGUUCGAGUUCAACAAGGAGACUCAGCUCUUCCCCAUUGCCGGCCUGGUCGCCGCUGAGUUGAAAAGACAAGAGAAGAACAAGACUGGCGAUGAAAAAGAGGGCGAUGAUACCGAGGACAAGCCUUUCAGUCCGCUUAAGACAAUCACGACGAGACACCACUCGCUUAUUGUCGAGUUGAUCGCUGCGGAAGCUGGCGUGGAUGCUGAGGAUGUCGUGGAUUUCGAGGUCGUGCUCUAUGAUACCCAAAAAGCCUGCCUUGGUGGGUUGACCGAAGAGUUUAUCUUCUCGGCAAGACUUGACAAUCUCAACCAGACCUACUGUGCUACGCAAGGCUUGAUCGAGUCGCUGAAGGCCGAGGACGCCCUCGACGAAGAGUCAUCGAUCCGUCUAAUUGCCUGCUUCGACCACGAAGAGAUCGGCAGCAUGACUGCCCAGGGCGCCUUCUCCAUGAUGCUUCCUGGAAUUCUGCGAAGGCUUUCAGUUCUCCCGGCCUCGUCGUUUGCAGAUGAAGCAUCCGAGAAAUCUUACGACAAGACCACGGAGCCCGACUUGUCUACUGCCUACGAGCAGACAAUGUCAAGCUCUUUUCUAUUGUCCGCCGACAUGGCACAUUCAGUCAAUCCAAACUAUGGAGGCAAGUACGAGUCGGAUCAUCGCCCAGAGAUGAACCAGGGUCCCGUGAUCAAGAUCAAUGCAAAUGCCCGAUAUGCAACCAACUCUCCGGGUAUCGUGCUCCUCCAAGAAGUCGCUCGAAAAGCUGCCAAGAUCACCAAUGAUGAUGCUGAGGGUGUACCGCUCCAGCUCUUUGUCGUCCGAAACGAUUCUAGUUGCGGGAGCACAAUUGGACCCAUGCUAUCAGCUCAUCUCGGCGCCAGAACACUCGACUUGGGAAAUCCUCAACUCUCAAUGCACAGUUGCCGCGAGACUGGCGGUACAGAUGACGUCCAUCACGCCGUGAGAUUGUUCAGCAGUUUCUUCCAACACUACUCCGCUCUGGAGAAGACCAUACUUGUUGACUGA